UAUGGAUAAUAAUUUGGAAGAAAUCGUCCUCUGCUCUGAAGAACAGGAAUUCACUACUGAAGAACUUAACAAAAAAGCUGAAGAAAAAGUAUCUAAUUUUGAAAUCCCAGAAAUCGAACUUCAAGAAGUAGUAGAGGCCAAAGAAAUGAGAAGAAAGUUCGCACAAUACAAUAAUGAGGACAAUAGAACAUUUUCCCUCUAUAAAGGAACUGGAGAGAAAGAAGAUAGACUGACUGAGCCUCAGAUCUUUGAAAAGUUAACCUCUGUCCAAGAUGAGCUGAAAGGACUUGAGCAGGAAGCCCUCAAAAGAAAUGAUAUUUAUAGCACAAAAGAAGAUUUACAGAAAAACAAAGGAGCCCUUCAGAAUAUCCUGGAGAUGCAAAGAGUAGUGCAAGCCUACCUCACUUCGACAGAUAUCUCAGAGACAUCAGUUGGAAAGGGAAUCAGUGAAAUUUUGGAUAAAGAUUCUGAAAUCAGCUCUAACAAGGCUAUUUCAGAGGCUCUAGGAGAAAUAGUGGAUUAUACAUAUCAGUCCAAUAAAGUAUCAGGCUCUGAAUCAGUAAUAGAUCUAAAUGAAGACACUACUUCCUUCAUCCCUGAGUUUAUAGCUUUAGAAGAGUCUAUCUCCUCUCUUGAGACAGUUGUGGGUCGUCCUGAUCAGAAUGCUAUUCCAAAUGUCAAGCUAGCACUUGAAAACAUUCUGUAUAAUAUCCCUCCGAUGGACCCAAAACAGCUAGAUUCAUUAAAGAAGUUCAACGCUGUGUUAAAGAAGAAUUUUAUUGAUUUGGUCAAGGAGUACAACACAAUGUCUUCAAAAUCAUCACAUCCUUUAUCUGAGAAGCAAAUCUCAACUCUCUACAAGAUUGCUCAAAGAGCAGUUCAAGAAAACGACACAAUCGAACUUAUUAUAGAAAGAAUUAAGGGGAUCAAGAAGCUCCAUGACCAGAGCCCAAAUCUGCAGACCAACAUGAACCAACUCCAGGCUAAACAGAAGUCUAUCUCUGAGAUAACUGAGAAAAGCAAGCAAGAAGCCAAGAGUCUGAAAGCUGAGCUGAAGAAAGAAUUUGACUCCAUACUUACUGAUUUAGAUCAGUGAGAGGCAGAUCUCAAUGAACUCACUAAGUAGAUAAAGUUCAAUCCUUAA